CUGACACACGCAGACCCCUAGGGAGGCCGGAUGCGGCCGGGUCCCUCAGGUGGAAUGAUUGUGAACUAAGACGCGCUCUGGCAGAGACUAUGUAAUCUCCUCGGUGUCUGUGCAGAGAACUGCUCUUCGGGGAGGGAAGAGGAGGGAUCGGCUAGGUCCACUGCGACUCGGCAGGCGGAGUUUCGCGGCGGCACCAGAGUUGCGCCCGCCCGCGGGGAGGUCGUUCCAUCCAGCCCCGGCGGCCGCGAUAAUUAGCCCUAACGCCGGAGCGCGGUAGUCGCCAGGGGUGACGAAGAGCUAGACCCAUCCAUCCCCAGGGCGCGAGGGAGCUGGCCGGGCAAUCCCGGAGGAGGUGAGCAGCAGCCGCAAACGAGCCGAGCGCGCCCCCAGCCCGCUCCAGCGGCGCCGCGCCGGGCGGUGUUCGGGCGCUAUGGAGAAGGACGGCCUGAGCCGCGCUGACCAGCAGUACGAGUGCGUGGCGGAGAUCGGUGAGGGCGCCUAUGGGAAGGUGUUCAAGGCCCGGGACCUUAAGAACGGAGGCCGUUUCGUGGCGCUGAAGCGCGUGCGGGUGCAGACCGGCGAGGAGGGCAUGCCGCUUUCCACCAUCCGCGAGGUGGCAGUGCUGAGGCACCUGGAGACCUUCGAGCACCCCAACGUGGUCAGGUUAUUUGAUGUGUGCACAGUGUCACGAACAGACAGAGAAACUAAACUAACAUUAGUGUUUGAACAUGUUGAUCAAGACUUGACCACUUACUUGGAUAAAGUUCCAGAGCCUGGAGUGCCCACUGAAACCAUAAAGGACAUGAUGUUUCAGCUUCUUCGAGGUCUGGACUUUCUUCAUUCUCACCGAGUAGUGCAUCGUGACUUAAAACCACAGAACAUUCUGGUGACCAGCAGUGGACAAAUAAAACUGGCUGACUUCGGCCUUGCGCGCAUCUACAGUUUUCAGAUGGCUCUUACCUCAGUGGUCGUCACGCUGUGGUACAGAGCCCCGGAAGUCUUGCUUCAGUCCAGCUACGCCACCCCCGUGGAUCUCUGGAGUGUUGGCUGCAUAUUUGCAGAAAUGUUUCGUAGAAAGCCUCUUUUUCGCGGAAGUUCAGAUGUGGAUCAACUAGGAAAAAUCUUGGACGUAAUUGGACUCCCAGGAGAAGAGGACUGGCCUAGAGACGUGGCCCUUCCCAGGCAGGCUUUUCACUCAAAAUCUCCUCAACCUAUUGAGAACUUUGUUUCAGACAUUGAUGAACAAGGCAAAGACCUACUUCUGAAGUGCUUGACAUUUAAUCCAGCCAAAAGAAUAUCUGCCUACGGUGCCUUGUCUCACCCGUACUUCCACGACCUGGAGAGGUGCAAGGAGAACCUGGAUUCCCACCUGCCGCCCAGCCAGAACAGCUCGGAGAUGAAUACAGCCUGA